CUGAAAAUAAUUUCUUUGAUCUAUGGCUAUUUCUGUUCUUUGCAUUUGUCUUUACGCGUCCAUUCCAUUUUCAUAGAAAUUAUAUUUCAUUUGAAGUAGAAGCAGAAAGUUUUGUAAUUAUACUUAUUUUAUAAAACAGUUCUAUUAGUUGAAUUAGUGCUAAUAAUGACUUUAUAGUUCAAAGUGAUCGUAGUAUUUGAAUUAAGUGGAAGGAGAAGAUCGAAGAGAUCGGACAAAAUGGCUAGUGAGGAUGUAAUAGAAUUAGGGUCUUCUGACGACGAAGCUGAACCGGCUCCAAAGAAAAUAAAACCUAGGCCAAACGCAAUGGUACACAUACCUACAAAACUACACGGAGUAACCAUAAAACCGGCGACGUCUGCACCGUUUGCUAUUAAAAAGAACCCUAAAGAACUUGUAACAAUGACUAAAAUUCAAAAAAGUAAUACAGUAUGUAACCCAUUUUCGAAGGCAGUGAAAAUAAAUGGUAUACCACAACAAAAGAUUCCAAUUAAACAAAAUAUCAAAAUGUUACAAAGACCUGUACAUUUACCACCUAAAGCAGCUGUCAAUCCUGUAAACAUAUUUAAGAAAUUAAAUACUCAAGUUGUUGUAAAUAAAAUUCCUACUUCUGGAGCUAUGUUAAAAAAUCCUAUUAGGAUACAUAGUCCUCAGUCAAUAAAUAGUUUGCCACCUGGUAUCACAGUAAAAAGAACAUCAGGCCCUGUUAAGCGUCCAGGAUUUUCUCAGACAAUGAGUGUUGCUAGAAAGAAGAUUAAACUAAAUCAUAAUAUAAAAAACCCUAAAGAAGUAUUAACUGUAGAACUUGAUGAUGAUGAUUCAUCUGCAGCUUCUGCUGCUAGUCCUCAGUGGUACUUGAGGCCUGAGGAUUCAAUUGCACCAUCUGUAGAAAAAGAGAAUAACAAAGAACCAGAGCCUAAGAAUUUAAUAGAAAUAACUAUUGAGGAUAGUCCUGUAAAACCUACUUCCAUAAAACAAACAUCGGUAGUCGGGGCUCAGUUUGAAGUCACUAUUGAAGAUAGUCCUGUUAAGAUUACAGAGGAAUCAAAACAUCUUGCUGACAAUGGUAGCGAAGAAGAAAUGUCUACUCCAAACAAGGUACCCCAUAGUAAGAAGAAAUUGGAAUAUCCAAAAGAAUCUAAUGAAAAUAAAGUAAUAGAAAUAGAAAUUGAACCUGUAACAGUAAUGGCUGAGGAAACCAAUCUCACAGCUAAGAAUAAAAAUAAUGUUGCACUUUAUGAUGUUGUGGAAAUAGAGGAAUCUCCUAUUAAAGAAAUACAACAACAGACAAGCACACCAAAAAAAGAUCAUGUGAAACUGCAAGUGCAGUUUUCUGCAUCAAGAUCAAGUUUGUUGCAAGAUCAAACUGCAAAGGAAAGUGAUGGUUUUCAUCCUGUGUACCAAAGAUUUAUUGAUUUGUGUUUUGAAUUAGAAAACUCUGAAGACAUGAAAAAGAUUAUAGACAAAAAAGUAAAAACAUAUUAUAAACAAGUUCCAAAGGAAUACACUGAGUCAGAGGAGUUUAUUGAUAUGGUAUCAAGUAAAAUACUCGCUAUGAAGGCUGGACCUGAGAAAAUGUAUUUGUAUAUAAAAGAUAUAGUUGAUGAACUCAAUAUGCAAAGGAAAAUGGCAAAGUCACAGGUGUCCAACAAUGAAAACAAAGCACCAGAGACUGCAUCAGAUAAUUUCCUAUAUGGUGAAAAUAGUGAAUUUGAUUCGAAACGGCAAAGACAAAUUCGUAAAUUGGAGAAGACACUCAAGAAAUUACAUAGAGCCAUACAGAAACUAGAGGAGCAAGAAGUUGACUUUGAUGAUGACGAGGAUUCUGUAUAUUUACUAACUGAAAGAUAUAAAGAGCGAAUGGUCAGGGUUCAUGCAAAAUUUUGUCAGUUGACAAACACUAAGAUGCCAUCAGAACCGCGAGUACAGAUAGAUGCACGACCCGGUCAACCCCCAGGCCCUGCUAAGCGUUUAGAGAAAUGGAUUAAUAAGAAAGUACCAAUAGGCAUGCCAUUGCCUUUUCCAGAUUUCCAUGAUGUUUUACGUUGUGUUAGAGAGGCCAAUGAGAGUGACAAGCUUGGAUGGAAUGAAGCUGAUAUUAUGGAAGAAGCUCGUGAUUUAUUUACAAGAUGUGGUAAAAAGCUGCAAAGGCGUAGACAAGAAAAUGAGUGGAGAUUAGCUGCUUCAAGAAUUUCGUCAGAUAUGGAUCCAGCUGAAAAUAAUGAUGAAUUGAAGCUUAAGUUAGAAAAUAAUCGUCAAUUAGCUACUAAGAAAGAAGCUGAAGUUUUCAAUAAGUAUGCUGACAAGCAAAAUCAGUUGAAAUUAGAACCAGAAGAGAUUGGUGACAAAGAAGCAGAAGAAUCGCCAAUCGAAACCGAAGAUGACGAAGCUGAGGCAGCUGAUGAAGCUUUGUUAGAAAAUAAAAAUAGAAGAAAAGAGAGAUUGAAAAGAUUGCUACAGGAAAAAUCCAAAAAGACUGGUGAAGAGAAUCAAGAAAAUAACACAAAACUUCCUAAAAAUUCAAUGGAUGAUAAAGAAAAUUCACCAAUUGAAUCCCUUGGACAAGCUGAAGUUGAAAAAACAAUGGAAAUGGUGAGUAAAAAUCAAAAUAGUGUAAAAGACUCUAUAAUAGACGAAGAAUUAAAAGAUAAUACUAACAAAACAAGUACUUCUUCUACUGUGCCAGAUGAUAAUGAAUCUAAAGUAUCGGAUAAUCAAAAGUCAUAUAGUGACUAUGAAGAUGUCUUGGAAUCUGACAUAGAUGAGCUACAUCUCUUACAAAAAUUGCACUCUGAAAAUGAGAUUUAUUCUUCAAGUUCUGAAUCUAGUGGUUCUGAAUCUCCAAUUGCUAUCUCUGAUACAUUGGAUGAUAGUGAUGAUGAGAGAAAAGACAAUAGUGAUGUAAUUAGUAUUGAAGAUUCAAGUUAUUCCGAUUCAGAAACUGAUAGAAGUGCCCAGAGCAAUAUAGUAAAUUCUGAAAUAAGUAAAACUACAGAAAAAAUUGUAUCUGAAAAUGUAAUUUCUAAUGAUAUAGAAAUGGAGUCAAUUGCUGGCAUAGAGAAGAAUGAAAUUUCUACUAACAAUAAUGAAUGUACUGAGUCUAUAGAAGAUGUUUUACUUGCAUCUACAGAUGAUGAAGCUGAUGCGAAUGUAGAAGUAAAUUCGGAAAAGAGUCAUUGUGUUAAUAUGGCGGAUGAUCAUAUGUCAAUCGGAGAGACAGUUAUUGACGGUAUAAAUAAGGAUAAUGAAACCAUUAAUGGCCAGAAUCAUCAGACUAAUAUUGUCGAGAACAAUGAUGAAUCUAAGCAAGAUACAGAUGAAAUAAAUAGUCCCAAAAAAACUGAGACAAUUAAUAUUUCUGAAAUUUCUCACGAAGAAAAUAAAUGUUUUAUAAAUCAAGAAACCAUGCAGCAAUUAGCCCAAUCAGAAAAUCGGACAUUAACCAAAGACUUGAAUAGCUCUUAUGAAACAGUUAAAGAAAUAACUCUUGAAGAGAAAGAAAUCAUACCAGUAAAUCAAGAAAGCGUAACAGUAAAAUGUAAAGAAGGUGAUAAGUUAGAAAAAACAAAUGAGUUAAAAUCUCCCGACACAUGUGACUUUAGUAAUGCCAAUCAUAUGAAUAGUCAUAAACAGGAUAUUACCAAGAAAUGUUCUGAAACAAAAAUGUCUAACAUUAUUAGUGGAGAAAAUAAAUCUGUUGAUAUGAACGUCUUAAAAGAAAAUUGCAAAGAAAAUCUGACUGAAAAUGAAAGUGAAAAAUCUAAAAUUAGUAAUGAGAUAGUUGAAAUUUUGCCUAGUAAUCUAGAAGAACAACAGGAAAAUUUGUCUGAUUUAAAUAAUGUAGAUGCCAGAAUACCUGUUGAAGUUGACAACCAUAGUGAAAUGUUAUAGGAGAUCUAGAAGGGGUUUUUGUUAUAUGCGGUAUUUGUAUCUAAAUGGGCAGUUACAAUAGUACUUGAUAUCAACAAUACAGUUAAUAGAUUUAUCAUACACAUUUAAGGAUGUCAAUUUGUGCUGCUUAAAUUUCCUUGACUUCUUUAUUUAAUAAUUCGUUAUUAAUUGUGAACAAGAAAGACCGGAUAUUUUUAUUUAAAAGACUGCUAAUGAUAAUGGCUUUAGAGUGGUGAUGUUUAAAAUUAUCUUAGUAGCAUAAAACAAAUAAUAUUUAUUUUAAUUUAUUAUGACAAAGUUGCAGGAGAAUUAAUACACAUUAAGCUUUGAAAAGUUUUAAGUUCCGAAUUUUGCUACAUGUUAGAAUCUGGAAAUGUGCUGAUAUUCGCAAUAUAAUGAAAGAGGCCUAUAAGCUAAAAGAUUUAGUAAAAUGAAACCGCUAUAGGCUGGACACAAUUUGUAGAAGAAUUGUUGUAAAAGAAUGAUUCUCAAGUGGCGAUCUCACGCGUAGACACAGCCCUGCACUAAAUGAAGUAAUUACUUCAAAUACGUUUAUUAUAACUAGAUGGAUGCACAAAGUCGAUGGUGGCUUAACACACAAUUAUUGUCGCAGGCAAAGGGGCUGUAUCUAAAGUACCAUUUCCAUAAACAAAUUCUCUAAACUUUAUAUUUUAAUUAAUAAUUUUGCGAGGUUACUGUUUUAUGAGCCAUCAUAAACUAAAAUUACACUAGAUUUAACCUUAAUCAUUAGAAAUGGUCCUUAUCAUAAAGAUUUCGCUGUGAUAUCAAAUUGAAAUUUUAAUUUUAGAGUUUUGGAGAAAUGGCGGUUUAGGAUCACUUCGUUUAUGAUAUAUGCUUUUAUACAGCAGUGGAUGUGUACUUGGAUGAUAAUAAGGACAAUAAAUAGCUCUGAACAAAAAUAUUUUACUGAAGUGAAAAUGAAACCAAAUACGACCUUCUCAGGGAUAUUUACGAACUUAUAUAUUUGGAUACACAUAAUUAUUUUUAAUAUAUAGGUGCAUAAAUUAUUACAUAAGAAAUACAAAUAACAAAGCAUGGUUACAGAUUUAUUAUGCUAAGUUAAUUUCCCGAUUUCAUGUAGUAAAAUAAAUUUUUAAAUGUUUUACAAAAUUACUCACAAGUAUUUAUUAAUUUUAUUUAUCAAAGUUAAAUGCUUUUAGCAAUAAAAAAGUACUUCUUUUAUUACUUAUUCGGUAUACGACACAAAAAACGCGAAUUGGCGGUCUUAAUGUAUCGUGUUUAGUACUGCUUUUGUUCCAUUAUAAUUAUAUUAUUUAUUUGUAUUGAAUAAUGUAUGAAGUCAUUGAUGUUAUAACUUAUAUUAUUUUCGAAAAUAUAAAGUUAGUAAAAGGCAAAGUCAUCGUAGCAUAAGCGUAUAUGUAUAUAGCCUGUUAAAAUAAAAUAAAUUCUUUAAGAAUUUGGUAUGAUGAAGUGUUUCGAAGCCAAAGGUAAGGCUGAGAUGAUAUGGGACUAUUGAAUAUACUAUAAAACUAUAUAGAAUAUCUUGUAUAAAAAUUAGCUUUAACUGCAUUCAAAAUACAAUGAUUGUGUAACAAAAUAACAAUUAGAUUAAACGUAUAUCAUUUAAGUUUUAAGUUCUAUUAAUUAUAUUUUUAAAUUGUCUUUCGGGUAUAAUUGUGUACGAUUACAUAAGAUAAAUUUAUCAUAAUUUUUAUAAAACUACGAAUAAUAAAUACGAUCAAAAAU